AUGCAGUCCUCUCAUGAUCUUCUUAAUGUAAAUGGAAUGUCCUCCGUCAAAGUUGAAAACCUGGGAUACCACACUUCAUCUUGUAACCUGAAGUACGUCUUCGAGAAUUAUGGGCCAGUUGGUGAUGUAUACAUCCCCCGAAAUCACUUAACUGAAGAGCACUAUGGCUUUGCCUUCAUCCAUUUCUACCACAAAUGUGAUGCCAAGGAUGCCGUACAUGCUCUGAAUGGUUCUUUACUGGAUGGUUGUAAACUGAGGGUACAGAUGGUGCACGGUGAUGAUCCACAUUAUGCUCGACAUGAUUGUGGCCAGGGAAGGCAACACCGAUACAAGGAAGAAAACCAUUUAUUUCAGAGCCAAUGUGAAAGGCAGCAUGUUUCCAGCACCAGGAUCCACACCAGAUCUCACAGCAGAUCUUCCUCAAACCACUCAGAAUCCAAAUUUCAAUCUUGUAAUAUCUUGACCAGAAGAUCGGCAUCAACCAAAAGAUCCAAGACCCAGCCUUCAGUUUCUACUCAACAGCUGCAAAACAGGGCCUGUACAACGUCCAGACGUCUUUCAGGAAAAAAGAAGAAACACAAAUCAAAAUCUUCAUGUAAGAGUGCCUCCAAAUAUCUUGCAGGAGGAGGACUUCUUGGGGGAGAAAAUACGGAGAACAACCAGAGGCAAGUGGAAAAUGUACAGCACAUUUCUACAUUUGAAAAGCCACAUAUAUCAAAAGGAAUUGCAACUCAUACAUUGAUGGCAGGUCCCACUGCCAGAAGUCAGACAAGUAAAAAAACCCCACAAAAUUCAAGACAAAGUCCAAAGAUUGAAAGAAAAUAUAUAGAAAAUAAAAAAAGGCAAAUGGAGCAUCCACACUCUGAGUCAAUAAUAAAAUCAUAUUUAUCAACGGAAAUUGAACCUGAAAUGCUGACAGUGUAUGAUACAUCUCAGAGAAGAAUAAAUAGGAAUUCUGUUCAAUUUCUUUCCCAAGUUUCGGUAUCUCACAAAUGUGGAGCAAAUACUGCAUAUUUUCUGCAUAGUGGUAAUUCUGAAAGAGACCAACUUAACUCCCUUCAACAAUCUGAAAAGAGAACAAAAAUGGGGAACAGGGAGUGUGGGUUUGAAACAGCAAAAAGUCAAAGUAACCCAAGCAAUAAUGAUAUCACUGAAGGAAUGAUAUUCACCUUUAACAAAGGGAACACAAAUCCACAAAAUGACCUUUCAGGGCUUAGCUGUCAGGACAGUAAUAGGAAAAUCCAGAAGCAAAUGGACCAUCAAGAACUUGAGUCAACAUGUAUAAUUCCAUUUCUACCAGAAGGAAAUAUAAAAGAAGUUUUAAUGGAAGACAAAUUUAGUAAAGAUAUAAGCACUAGAAGCAAGAGUCAAGAUGUUCUGAUACUUGAAGAAACAGUUGAAAGUAGGCUACUUCCUGAUACCAAGGAUGUGUCACUAGUGGGACCUCAUCAUAGUUUAUCACCUGAAAAUUUUGAAGAUCUUAGGAAGGAUAAGGCUUACAUUUUUUCUAAUAGCCACACAUUUUUACCACUGAGAGAUAAUUUAUCCAUAUCUGAGUUGAAAAAUCUAUACUUUUUUGCAUCUUUUCCAACAAAAGAACACAUAUUGACAGGGAGUACUACUAAUAGAAGUCAGUCUACAUCUGUAACACCAACUAACUUUACCACUGUGAGAAAUGAUCAAAAAGAACACACAGACAUCUCUUCCUAUUCUAACCAGGCAGGUAUACCAAAUUCUGAAAUGACUUCUGAUGAUGAAACUUUAAAUACCAAUUCAAAUUUUUCAGUACCUAUAGGUCCUUGUGGAGAAUCAGGGACAAUCAUAACAAGAGUUUGUGAGGUAAAUGAUAAUUUAACUGAGACUGACUUAGAAUCUUUUGAUUCAUUGUCAAGUCAAAAUAAUAGAACAGUUCAUUCUGGUCCCAGUUGUAGUUCUAGUUAUGUUUCUAGCUCUAAUUCAAAUUAUACCAGUAAAUCUAAUACAAAUUACUCACUGCUUUCUUUGUUAAGUUUAAGUCAACAGUUUUUACCUGUUUCUAGUACUAGUGAUAAUACUAUUGGCAAUGGUAUAAAUUCACCACACACCUCGCUCAUUAAUCAAGAAAUUAAUGAAUUAAUUUUAUUUCAUUGCCCACCUUUUGAGGCCAGUCAUGAAGUACAUGUUACAAGCCCAGAAAUAUCUAAUGAUAGUGAUUCUUGGCCAGUUUUGCCUGAUUUUUCAAACUUCAAUGAUAUUCAUAAUAACCACCCAAAAGGACUUACCAAAGAACAGAUUAAUACUUUACCAGUAAAAAUGUUUUGUGAAAAUGAUAGAUUAAAUGACUGCAGUAUUUGUCUUACACCAUAUAUACAAAACAGUAAGAUUCGUGUACUACCUUGCUUUCAUGAAUAUCAUGAUAAAUGUAUUGAUCAGUGGCUGUCUGACAACUCUACCUGUCCUAUUUGUCGCAAACAUAUAAUAAAUCCUGAUGACACAGAAUUUCUAUUUUAA